AUGGCGCACCCGCCGCCCGUGGGCGGCGGCCCUGGCGGGCCGCGCGGCGGCCCGCUGGAGGCCGCGCUGCAGGAGCUGUGCGGCCACCUGGAGCUCGGGCAGCGCCGGGCGCGGGAGGCGCUGCGGCAGGUGCGGGAGCUGGGCGGCCCCGAGGCGGCGGCUCCGUCCGCGGGGCCGCGGCCGCCUGCGCUGCACCUGCACCUACCGCCCCUGGCACAGCAGGACGACGCCGCCCUUCCGGCCGCCCGCCGGCGUGGCAGCGAGAGCGCCGAAGGGCCACAGACGCCCUCCGGCGGCGAGGCUGGCGCUUCGGCGCCCCAGGCGGCGUCCGGCAGCGGGGGGCUCGCGGAGGACGACGACCCGCCGCGUGGCAUGGCCUCGAUGCCGACGGCGCCUCAGGUGAGGGGCGACGCCUCCAGCGGCGACGUCUGCAUCCUCCAGCCCACGCAGGCGUCCAACAGGAGCCUGUUCUCGAGCGCCAACCCGCGGGAGUCGGGCUUUCUCAUCGUCGGCAUCUGCGACUUCGACUUCGCGGACGUGCGCGGUGGCUUCGGGAAAGACGCCGGCGGCGCUGGGCUAACGCGGUGGCAGCUGGUGCGCCAGCUUGACGACGCGUUCUGGCUGCAGUGCGCGCGUUGGCGGAAAGGCGUCGCCCCUGCCGCAGACAACCUCGGCAUCCCGUCCCGAGGGGCGGCGAUCGUGCUCCAGGGGCCGGUCGCGCCGCCCGAGCGCGGCUCCACCCUCUGCGCGGCGCACGCCUUCGAGCAUGGCCUGGGCCGCCCUGCCAGCCGGGUGCCCCCCGUGUGCGUGCGCGUGGGCCACUGGGCCGCGGUGGCGGCGCGCGUCGGGGGUGCGCGGCUACUGCGGCUCGCCCGGCCAGAGAGCCCCCCUGUCUGCGCCGGACACUGCGACGCGGAGAGGAGGGGCGACGGCGGGCCGAGGGUGAUCGUCGACGGGCGGCGGCGCAGCGCCCUUCUGAAGUCCCUGAGAGUUGCCGGGGGGGGCGAGAUCUCUUCAGAACGAUUCGACGUGGGCGGAGAGGUCGUGAAGAUCAAUCAGCUUUGCGUGAUCACCGCGUGCGCCGUCCUCUUCGGUGCCGCGCCUGACGUCGUCAAGGACAGUCGCUACGAGAUAUGCGUGAUGCUGCUGAUCGUCGCCAACUCGGUGUUCUUGGGUUGGCAGGUUGAGCACGAGGCUCUCACUCGGGAGCCAGUCAAGUUCGAGAUAGAGAUCGAGGCCUUCUUCUGUGCCGUGUUCAGCAUGGAGCUGAUCCUGAAGGUCUUCGCCUGCGGUUUGGGAUUCUUCGGCGGGAGCGAGGCGUCGUGGAACUGCUUCGAUCUGUUCGUGGUGCUGCUGAUGCUGGUGGACUUCUUCGCCAGCAUCUCUCAGGAGAUGAGCUCCAGCUUGUGGUCGCAGGCGGCUGGACUGCGGAUAUUUCGAGUGCUCCGAGUGAUCCGCUUCCUGCGCUCCGUCAGGCAGCUGAAAUUCUUCACCCAGCUGCGGAUAAUGAUCCGGUCCAUCAUGUUCUCGCUGAAGCCCCUGCUGUGGGCCUCGCUGGUGCUGUCCGGCAUGUUCUACGUGUUCGGGCUCUGCUUGACCCAGGGCGUGAUCGACCACCUGCAGAAGACGAACUCGUGGGACGAUGCGUCCAGCUCGGACAUGCUCCAGUACUUUGGCACCCUGGAGCGCUGUGCACUGUCGCUCUUCGAAGCGAUGUCCGGCGGCAUCAACUGGGGGGAGCUCUUCGACACGCUGUCGCCUCUGGCGUUCCCGUUCCAGUGCGUGUUUCUGUUCUUCGUGUUGUUUGCGAUCUUCGGUGCCGCAAAUGUGGUCACCGGCACUGUUGCGGAUUUGUCGAGAUCGCCAACAAUUGGGCACAAAAUGACAGCCACGCCCAGAUCCAGGCGGAAUCAGAGCAGAAAGCCUUCUUCAUCAGGGCCUUGCACGAGCUGUUUUGUGAAUUAG